AUGAGAAAAGACAACUGGACCUGCUUGACCGAGAUCGUCCUGCUGGGCUUCUCAGAUUUCAAGAUGAUAGAAGAACUUUUGUUUUGUCUGGUCCUAAUGUUCUACGUCACGGCCUUGAUGGGCAACAGCCUGAUUUUGACCCUCACUAUUGUCAGUCCCACCCUUCACACCCCAAUGUACUUCUUCCUCUGGAACUUGUCCUUUUUGGAAAUUGGCUACACCUCAACCAUCAGCCCAAAGAUUCUAGUGAAUUUGUUAACAGAGAAACCGAGUAUAUCCCUUUGCGGUUGUGGGUUUCAAUUGUGUUUCUUUGUUCUCUUUAGUGUCACUGAGUGUUGUCUUCUUUGUGUCAUGGCAUAUGACCGCUAUGUUGCCAUUUGCAAACCUUUGCAGUACCCAUAUAUCAUGAACUAUAAGGAGUGUGCUAAGCUUGCUGCCACCUCAUGGACCUUUGGGAUUUUGAUGGGUUUGGGGCACUCCAUUUCAAUCUUUACUCUUCCCUUCUGUGGGUUGAAUAGAAUUCGCCAUUUCUUCUGUGAUCUUAUGCCAGUUCUAAGGCUGGCUUCCACCAAUACCUACAAAUAUGAAGUAGCCAAUGCCAUACUAACUGUGGUUUUUGUCCUGGUACCCCUUUUACUCAUCCUCUAUUCCUACAUCCUUAUCAUCUCCACUGUUCUCAUGAUGCCAGUGGCCAGGAAUCGGCACAAAGCAUUUUCCACCUGUUCCUCACAUCUAAUUGUUGUCUUCCUUUACUAUGGAGCCAUCACUGCUACCCACAUUCGUCCCAAUUUGGCUUCUUCCUUGGAUAGGAACAGGUUCCUUGCCCUGCUCUACACGGUAGUGACCCCAGCCUUGAAUCCCAUCAUUUACAGCUUGAGGAAUGAAGAGAUAAAAGCUGCUUUCAAGAAAUCGGUAGCAAGGAAACGGAUCUUCUUUAUGUAA